AUGGGAGCCACAGGAGCCAAUUCCGAUACCCCCACGGGCGCUGAUUGGAGUGGCAAUACAGAAUUGCGUGCCUUGACCAGCCGGUUGCUAGAGAAGCAUUGGCACACCUUCCUCAUUCAACCCCAUUUGCCACCCCUCAGGACAGGCAAAUUGUUGGUCCCCAAUGUCCAGAUGGACUUUGAACUCUUCCUCAACCCCAACACCGUCUACUUGAUGGGCACCCCAAACAAAGGAACCUUGAACGCCAAAAAAUUUCCAGCCAUUCACCCAGAAGACAUCAAAGUCACAUUGCUGAUGAGAAAAGUGACCUUGAAUGCCAGCGUCUAUGUCAGACUGCAGAAAGAAAGACAGCUGGGCAAACAGAUUGCCCGCUACCCAGUGGUGCGGAGCGAAAUCCGCACUUUUUCCUUCGAUGGACGAACCACCCAAUGGGAACAAGACAAUGUGUUUGUGGGUCGAUUUCCUGACCGAGUGAUGGUCGGGUUACUGCAUUCCAAUACCUUCAAUGGAGACCUACAAAGAUACCCCUAUACCUUUGAAAAGUUUGGCGUCACUCAAAUACGUCAGACCUUGAAUGGAAAAGAAUACCCUUACAGAACCCUGCAACUCACUGGAGCAGAAGACUAUGAAGAUCUGCUAGGGUACGAUCGAUUUCUACAAGCCAUGGGUGCCUACACUGAAAACAAGAUUCCCAUGCUGCUGCCUGGUGAUUGGGGACAAGGCAAGAACUGCACGUUGUUCAUGUUCAACAAUGUGCCCAGUGGAAAAGCGGAUGACCCCCAGUAUCGCAACCCCCGUCAAUCGGGCAAUGUGCGACGGAUCAUUGAUUUUGCUGCUGCUGUCAAUCACAACAUCACCGUGUUGGUAUGA